GGCAACCUAGAUCCAAGAUCCACGCUGCUCCAUUGGAAAGAUUCUUGAUGCCUUCCAUGCCUUGCGCAUAUGCAGCCGGGAGGAAUUGGACCUUCAUAAACCUGACACAGUGACACGGGGGCGGAAUUUGCCUUAUAAUCUUGCCUCGGCUCCACCGUCCCGGCUGAUGAACAUACUGCACCAUCUAUCCACUCUCGAAUAUCGUUCUUUGUCUUGAAUCAAGAACAUCAUUUUCUCUGACCCGAUGUUUCUGAAACCCGGGCUGCAUCUUCUCUUGUAAUCUACAAUUUCUCCUUGUUUCUUCCCCACGGUAAUCGGAAGCAAGAUGGCACCCCCUACGGCGCCAUUGAACCUCGAUGUCGAGGCUAUUUCGGGCAUUUGUGGGUCAAUAUCAAUUGCAUGCUGGGUGGUCGUCUUCUCGCCACAAAUCGUCGAGAACUUCCGCCGCAGCAGCGCCGAGGGUUUGUCGAUCCAGUUUAUCGCCGUGUGGCUUCUAGGCGAUGUCUUCAACAUCCUGGGCGCUGUACUGCAGGGCGUGCUGCCCACCAUGAUCAUCCUGGCCAUCUACUACACCAUCGCCGACCUAGUUCUGCUAGCCCAGUGUUUCUACUACCGCGGCUUCACUCUGCGCGAUGAUGUGACUCCGCCCCCACCGCCGCCGCCAUCGUCAUCGCAGCCGUUGAACCCCCGAUCGAAGCGCAACGGCAACGGGAAGAAGUUGAGCGAGCCUAACGAGCGCACUGGCCUGCUCGGCCCUGCUUCUGUAACACAACAAGAGCGCUCGCCGUACUCGCACCACGGCAUCGACGACCACGAGCGGCGAGGAUCCUGGUCGCAUCUGUCGCCCGCUGUUCCGCUGGUGGACGAAGAGAUCGAGCUUUCUUCCCCCCGCCGUCCGCCCCCGACGCGGCUACAGGCGCUGGCCUUCAACAGUCUGGCCAUCCUGAUGGUGUGCGCGGCCGGCGUCGCAGGAUGGUGGCUCAGCCGGUGCUACGGCCGGGAUGGUGGGGACGGGGCGCCUGACGAGGAAGAAAAUGACCCCCUGAGCAUGAACCUGCUGGGUCAGAUCUUUGGCUGGCUCUGUGCCGUGCUCUAUCUCGGGUCACGGCUGCCCCAGUUGCUCCUCAACUGGCGGCGCAAAUCGACCGAAGGCGUCUCGGUUCUGUUUUUCCUCUUUGCCUGCCUCGGCAACCUGACAUAUGUGCUCUCUAUCCUUGCUUAUGACCCCAAAUGUACGGGGGAUGAUGGAUGCCAGCCCGGGGAGGCUGCCAAGAUCUUUUGGCAGUACAUACUGGUCAAUCUUUCAUGGCUAGCUGGCAGCGCUGGCACGCUCCUGCUGGAUAUGGGCAUUUUCAUCCAGUUCUUUCUCUACAGCAAAAGCGACGAGUAUGAGAGCAGUGACGAAGAAAGUACUUGUACCGAGGGAGAGGAGAGCGUUGAGGAGGAUGCAUGGGAUGACAGGCCGCUGUUGCAGAGGAACAAUACUGAGUUUUAGAAGGUAUGGCGACAUGGGGUUGGAUAGGAAAAUGGCGUUGAGAAGCACACGGUAUACUUUGUAUGAUUUUGGCAUAUUUACUACGGCAAAACAUGGACUGGUCAUUUCGGCGUCCCGGGGGGAAGAAACCAAAAAGGGAAAUAGGCAUACAAAGGAAAUACGGCGAUAUAGUCCUGGGUUGGGGGGUAGUCAGGAGAUAUAUUCUACCUAUAAACAGAGAUCAG